AAAACAGUUUGUGCCCUUCAGCUUCAAAGGACAGCCAUUCGAAAACUUUGUCUUGGCAAUGGCGGUCAUGAAUUGAAAAUUUGAGAUUAAAACCCUAAACGUUAACGAAAGCAAAUUUCCAGAAGAAGAAGAAGAAUAUCAAUCAGACCCAUUUUUGAAAAGGCAAAAAAUGGAGUUACUUAAAUUGUCUAAAUUCAAGCUCCAGCUUCAAACCCUAAUCACCGAAUUUCGAGAGCUUAAAGAAAGAGAACGCUCAGCCACAGAGCAACUUCGUCUUCUAAAUCAGAAACAAAAGCAAACAGAGGAAGAAUAUGGCAGAAAGUUACAGGAAUUGCAAGCAGAGUUAGCUUCCUCCAAUGAACAGCGGCAAAAGCUGGAGAGAAAGGUGAGUUAUCUUCAGAAUGACAAUGCUUUGCUCGAGAACAAGCAAAAGGAAUUGAAGGGAACUAUACAAUGCUUACUUCAAUCGAAGGAAAGUUUUGUGAAUGCUUAUGAGGAAUCCACUUGUGAAAUGAAACGUUCAAUUGAAACCAGAGAUAGAAAGCUCACUGUCCUAUCUGAGAAGAUAAACUCACAUUUAUUAUUAUUUGAUUCAAUAGAGAAGGAAGCAUUUUCUAUCAAGCAUGUUGUGAAUGAUGUGCAAUGCCUUUUGAAUGAAAAAGAGGAAGUAGUGGCUGGCUUAAGGAGCAAACUGGAUAAAGUCUCUACAUUUGAAAAAGUUUUUGUUGGGAAGAUCCAUUACCUGGAAAAUAAACUGAAAAAUGAUGAGGAUGAGUUACGAAGAAAGGAUAGAAUAAUUUCAGAGCUAGAAGCACAUCUGGAGGCAGAAAGAGCUAGCAAAAAUUACCAAACUCAAAUAGAAGAGAUAUCCAAAACCCUCUCAGCAAAGGAUGUGGUCAUACAGAAUUUAGUAUCUGAAAAAGAGGCAUUGCAUUCUGAAGUUGGGAGUUUAGGCAUUAUCUUACAGAAGAUUCAGGAAACUGUUACCAAUAUGAAUCAAGAGGAUAAAAGGGUUUUCUCAUCAAUACUUGAAUGCCAAGAAAGAUGCAAUAUAAUUGUGACAAGGGAUGAUAAUAGGACUGAAGAUGUGCCUCAAAGUAAUAUUGAAAAAUCUCCAAGUAAGGCAUCUGAGACAGGCUCUGCAGAAAAUACAGCUUCACCUCUAUGUGAUGAGUACAAAGAAGUUGCUGAACCCUUACGAGAGAACAAUAACAGUAACUCCUGUUUGUCAGAGGCAACCUGCUCAGAGCCUCAAUCCGCAGCUAAUUUUCUAAGCAUCUCUGUAAAUGAUGGAAAGGAAAACCACACAAGGUUGGCACAACGUUUAGAUUCUGAGUGCUCAACAACCCAAGCAGAAGCCUCAGAAGAUCCAGGUUAGGUUCUUAUGUCAUGUUGUAACAUCAUUUCAUUUUCAAUUGUGUCAACAAUAUUCUGGCAAGUAAGAAGAUCUUCAUAAAAUUGAGGAGCACAAAGUAUGAUGAAGUAAUGGCCUUUUAAAUAUGACAAUGUAUAGAUAAUUCCACCUGGCACUAUCAUAUCCAAAAGCCUUUUAUACGCUUAACAUUCUUUGGGACUCAGUUUCCAGAAGAACAGUAAUAAUUAUUUCAUGUAUUGGAUAUAUCAUAUAUGCAUCCUCCUUUAAGAGGAAGGAUGUAUAUACCCAUUGUAUGU